AUGACGCGGCCGCUGAUCGACACGCCGUCAAAAGAAACGGGGUCAAAAGGUGAUGUCAGAGCCGCGGUAUUCCAAAUAUGCGAGAAUAACUGCAACAUCUGGCGCGGCGAAAGUGUCAGGUUUAAACUUGCCGGAUGGCGAGGCAACACUCAGAGUUUACCACUAAACCCCAAGCCCUUCCUCAACGGGCUGACGGGCAAGCCGGUGAUGGUCAAGCUCAAGUGGGGCAUGGAGUACAAAGGCUACCUGGUCUCCGUGGAUGGCUACAUGAACAUGCAGCUGGCAAACACGGAGGAGUACGUGGACGGAGCGUUAGCAGGUCAUCUCGGGGAAGUCCUUAUCAGGUGCAACAAUGUUCUGUACAUCCGAGGUGUGGAAGAGGAGGAGGAGGAUGGCGAAAUGAGAGAGUGA